GAUCAGAGCUGCUGCCUCCAAGCUUCUGCCGGUACCGGGCAUGUAUGUAUGUAUGUAUAUAUAUUGAUAUAUAGUGGAGGGAGGCACACACCGGAAUCGACUUGGGUUAUCAAGCCUACCCGGGCUCAGUUCGUGAAGUAGUAACGAGGUAAGGGGCCAAGACCAACGGCCCAGCAUGUGGAGCUGUUGGGAAGGGAGGGGGCUGCACGGAAGGAUGAGGAGUCCCCGCCCCCAAGCAACGCAGACUUGGUCCUUGCUGAUGUCUGCUCCCUCCGGGACAGGCCAAAGCAGGGUUGCUAUAUGGGAAGGGUCUUCAAAGUACCUAGGAUACAAAAGCAAGCCCUACCCCCAUCCCAUAGGGAGUGGGUGUCACAGCACCCAGCUGACAGCUGCAGUCAGCAAAGCUGUCUGUCACCUUCCUGGGGCGGAGCCUCAGACCCUGUCAUCUAGCCCAAACUCUGUCCUGGCUUUGAGUUUAGAAUGAAAGGGGUCUGAAUAGGGUCAGCAUGAACCUGGGCUUGGAACAAGCGUUGAUAUGUUAGUAUCCCUGACUCCAAAAAGCAGGCCCUGUAACAGAAAGCCUGAACUAGAUAGAACUACCAUCCACCUACAAGUCCUGCCAGGCCCCAACACACUCUCAGCUUAUUCUGGAGCAGAUGUCCUGGGAGUAGGUGCCUUAUGGGGGGUGGGGUUAUCACCUUCUGAAAACCUCUUUCUCCAGCCAGCUCCAGACCCUAGGAACCACAGACACUGGUGGCCCAUAUCUGAACAUUAGCCUAGAUCCUUUUCAACCCAUAGCUCCAAGGAUGAACAACCACACAUUUCCAUGGAGCUUUCCAAAGCCAGAGUGGAAAAGACUCUGUCCUAGGGAGGUGCUUUCCCACCCUCUACCUCCUAGCUGGCAGCCUCUUGGCUUAGUACACCAGCAAUAGUUUGCAGCUCAGGGGAAAGACACCAUGAGCUUGUGGCUCACAUGGGCCCACGUGGUUCUGCAGCCUAAACCUAGCUUUAGGAAUGCCAAGCACACACUGGGAGUUGGGGGGUCCAUGUGCAAUUAUGCAGAGGAGAGGCUUGCUCUGCAGCUGUCUCUGCCCCAACAAGUUUGGUGGGUUUUGUUCAAGGAACUGAGGUCUGAGAUUUACAGAAAAGGAAGAGGGAUUUGAAACCCAAGACCCUUUGGGGUCAUUCUGCCUAGGACCUCAUCAAGAUGAGAAGACUUAGGCUUGGUCAAAAAAGACUGUCCCAAGGGCAAGAGCACUUGCAGUGCUGGGAGAGGAGUUCUCUGCCCAGCUGAGUCAGCAGGCAGGGACCACAGACUUACCUGGGACUUUGCUUUAUCAGAGGGGUGGCUCUGUAGUGCUGGUGGGAGAGGGCUAUAGUUAGGAUAUCUAAAAGCGCAUCAUUCCAACUGUAGUGUUGGAACCACAUCCUUUCUUUGAUCUACCCAAGCCUACCCAGCCAACUCUAGUAUAGGGAGAGAAUGCCUAGCAGGUUUUAGCUCAGAAGUUCCCUCUGUGGAGGCCUCCUGGCCCAUCUGCCCCAUAGGCUACAUACUCUGUGAGGUUUCUCCAGCAGGUACUUCAAACAUAGACAUGGAACAAGCACCAGAAACCUUGACCAAGACCUGCAGCCAGGGCUGCUCCAUCCCCUAUGCCCCAGGGCAAAAUCCGCAAAAGGCCAAGUGACUGGAGCUGCCAGCCUUGGCGACGUCUUUUAAGAUGACCCGCACAGACCCGCCAGACUUGCUAGUGUCGACCGUGUACCAAGACAUCAAGGUGGUGGCUCCAGGGCUCACGUUCAAACAACAGCCAUGUGAAACGUCUGUGGACCGGCCUACUGCGCCAGCGCUUUUCAACAAGCGGCACUGUGGUAGUUUUGACUUCUUAGAGGCACUAGACGAGCCUACCAUGAAGACACACCCAGAGCCGCCGCCUCCAGAGCCCGCACCACGGCGUGCCCGGCCCAGAAACAGCGAGCCUCGGCGCCGCACUCGUUCCAAGAGUGCGCCCCGUGUGCCCCAAGGUCUGGCUCCCGCUCCGGCUUCACCGCGGGUACUGCAGCGCAGAGGCCUAGAAGGCCAGCGUGCUGUGCGAGGGGAGGGGUCGCCCUCCUACCCUGCGCUGCGAGCUCUCGCCAAUGAGCUGCACCCCAUCAAGCUCCAGCCACAGCGGGGUGGCCCGGGACGCAUUGCGCCUCUGUGCUCCACCCCAGGCCGCUGUGCACCACCCGAACCACCCGCUGGAUCCGUCCCCCACGUCCGCUGCCGUUUGGACAUCAAGCCAGACGAGGCAGUGCUGCAGCAUGCCGCCAGAAGUUCGCGAUCUUGCCCUCCUAGUGAAACGGCGCACUGGACUCGCACUGCCCCACAGUUCCAUGGCCUCACAGUUCCCGGGCCCAGGCACGCGGCCCUGUCACGCACGCCCACCCCCAGUGACUUGUACUGUACUGACCCUAGAACACUGUACUGCGACGGACCACUGCCUGAGCUUCAGGACUACUUGGAGCACCGAAGUCAACCUUUCACAACACCUCCAGGUCCCACUCAAUUUUUCUACACUGAGGAGCCUGAGGGCUACGCAGGCAGCUUUACCACAAACUCUCGCCUUCCCUUUGAUGGCUAUUGUUCCAGGCCCUACUUCUCCGAAGAACUCCCCAGACCCAGUCCGAGGCGUGUGGGUAGUUACUAUGCAGGAGAAGUUCGCACCUUCCCGAUCCAAGAGCCCCCCUCCCGCUCCUACUAUGGGGGGACACCUCGAGGCUACGGUGUGCCUUUCGUUCCCCGGUAUGUCCCAGAAGAAUCCCGAGCACACCCCAGCACCCGCGCCUUCUACACAGAGGACUUUGGGAGGUACCGUGAACGCAAUGCACUGGCUCAGACAUACCCGCACCCACGCAGCAGCCCGGCCUGGGCUGACUGGGGUCCUAGGCCUUACCGCACCCUUCAGGUGGCGCCUCCCCCCAACUCUGGACCACUGUUGGCCUCGUGGCACGGUGGCAGCGGCACAAGCCCACCCCGGCUGGCCACGGAUAGCCGCCAUUACUCUCGAUCCUGGGAUAACAUCCUGGUUCCUGGUCCUCGUCAUGAAGACCCUCUAGGACGCGGCCGCAGCUAUGAGAACCUGCUGGGACGUGAGGUUCGGGGUACACGGGGUUCAUCCCCUGAAGGCAGGCGUCCACCAGUUGUAGUGAAUCUGUCCACCUCACCCAGACGCUAUGCAGCACUGUCGUUGUCAGAGACAUCACUGACAGAGAAGGGCCGAGCAGGGGAGAGCCUGGGCCGCAACUGGUACGUCACCCCAGAGAUUACCAUCACAGACAACGACCUUCGCUCUGUUGAGCGCCCAACUGCCAAGGACUGGGAAUUGUCUGGAGGCCGACCCCAACAGCCUGCUCCCAUGGUCCCUGAAGGCCCUGCCGCCAGCCGCCAGCGCAGCCUUGAACAGCUGGACGAGCUCAUCACCGACCUGGUCAUCGACUCACGGUCACCGGGCCAGGACCCGGAGCCUGCCACUGACGGUUUAGGCCACCAACUGCGCAGCCUGCUGGACUCAAGGCCCGCAGGCCCUGGAGAAGCCAAUGCGCUGGCGCCGCUGCGCUCCCCACCGGCCUCUGCGGGCAGCACCGAAGAGCCUGCUGGCUCGGGGGAGGCAGCUGCCGUUUCCCCUGAGCCCAGUGCAGAUGAGGAUGAUUUAAUGACCUGUUCCAACGCGCGCUGCCGGCGGACAGAGACCAUGUUCAAUGCUUGUCUCUACUUCAAAUCGUGUCACAGCUGCUAUACCUACUACUGCUCGCGUCUGUGCCGCCGAGAAGACUGGGAUGCCCACAAAGCGCGUUGCGUGUAUGGCCGCGUGGGAAGUGUGUGCCGCCAUGUGCUGCAGUUCUGCCGCGACAGCAGCCCAGUGCAUCGCGCCUUCUCCCGCAUAGCACGCGUCGGAUUCCUGUCGCGCGGCCGUGGCGUGCUGUUCUUGGGCUUUCCAAGCCCGGGCUCUGCCGACAACUUCCUGCGCUUCGGCCUCGAAGGGCUGCUGCUUUCACCCACCUAUCUGUCGCUGCGCGAGCUGGCUACACAUGCGGCGCCCCUGGGUAGCUAUGCACGAGAGCUGGCGGCUGCAGGGAGGCUCUAUGAGCCAGCGGAGUGCUUCCUGCUUAGCGUGUCCGUGGCCGUGGGCCCUGGCGCUGCAUCCCCCGGAGCCCCUGCCCGGCCUGCACCCCGCAGCCCUGGGCCCACCGUGCGCAAGUUCGCCAAGGUGGCCCUGGCCGCUGGCAGCCCGACACGUCCUCCCCCUGCGCGUGGCAGAGAACCAGAUAUGGAAACGCUGAUCCUGACGCCACCUCCAGGCACUGCAGGCUUGGACCAAGAGGGUGAGGCUGGCCGGCGCGCCCGUGAAGUGGCCUUCAUCCACAUCCAGCGUGAGCUGCGACUCCGCGGCGUCUUCCUCCGCCACGAGUUCCCACGUGUCUAUGAGCAGCUCUGCGAGUUCGUAGAGGCUAACCGGCGCUUCACGCCCACCACCAUCUAUCCCACAGAUCGGCGCACUGGCCGCCCCUUCAUGUGCAUGAUCAUGGCUGCUUCUGAGCCGCGUGCACUGGACUGGGUAGCCAGCGCCAACCUGCUGGAUGACAUCAUGUGAGCCAUGGGAUCAUUAGUCCCUGACCCAGAGUCCUGCCUUCUCUACUCAGGCCCUGCUCCAGAUCUCAGACCGUCCCCAAAGUCUGGACCAGCUGGUUCAGCGCUCAUAACCCCCCCCCCCUCCCAUCUUCUCCAAAUUCUCUGCUCUCCACCCAUUCUGUACCUCUAACUUUGCCUGGGAGACUCUGCCCCCUCUGUCCCAUUUCCUACCAGCUGCUUCUCCUCCUCUUCUCAGCCGACUACCCAGAUUCCACAUCCUGGGCUUUCCCCAAGUUAGCCAUGGAGGCGGGGGCUCCCCAUGAGCCUGGUCCUCGCCCUCGGUGCUCCCCACUGGGAGGUGGGGUGGGACUGAGGACCGCUGGGCUCUGCCUUCUAGUGGAAAAAUUACUACUACAUGCUUCCUAUGGGGACAAUAGUUGAUGUAGGUGAGGGUGCUUGCUAUAGUUCUCCAACCUUAAAUCCCUUUCCUCCUAGUCCAGAAGUUCAAAGCCUAAUGCCCUUACUUUAAAAACUCCUGCUAACCCUCCUCCUGUGUCUAGGGUGUGUCAGGCUCAUAUGUCUAGUCCCUAUGCACCCCUAUGCUAUCGAGGCAGUGGAUAUUUCACCUUAGUCUGGGCCCUUGCAGCACCAGGUAGAAUAGUGCUGAGUCUUCAGGCCAAGGCCCAAUCCACCCAGCCAGAGGGGAACCUGAGCAGGGAAAGCAGAGUGUGGGUGCUGAGCAAGCCAGAGUUAAGACAUGGCUGGGUGAGGAUUUGAGCUCCCCACCACCUAUCCAACAAGAUGGCCCUAAAACCCACCUUCCAGAGAAGAUGGAAACCCAGAGAGGUGGGUAGUGUGUGCUGAUGAAUUAGCAGGGGAUCCUACAGAGAGCAGCACCUACCUGCUAAAUGACUCGGGAACAAAUAAGGUACAGGGACUACCCCUAAUUAGGAACUGGUUGGGGAAAGGUGUAGAGUUGUGAGUCACCAGGUCUAGGGAUGGUUUGGGAGGCCUACCCUGAGUCUGAUUCUGUGCACAAAAGAGCUGCAUACUAGCCCUGGGUACGCUUCAAGCUGAGAUAGAAGCCGAAGCCUGACGUGUUGUGGAGAGCAUGGUCCUAGGCAGUCCUAGGCCUCUUGCAGGGAUCCCUGCAACCUAAGUGCACCUGGAUCCACGCUUAGAACUUCGUGGAAGGCAUGACCCAGAGAGGGCUUGAGAUCAGAAGUGAGCAAGCCCUCUCCAGAAGCCCCAAGCCCCUUUGGAGCUAGGGGAGAUCAAGUAUGAGAACCUAAGACACACCCCUGUGCUCGAGGAUGAGCACAAGCACACUGCCCUCUGCUGCAUAUCCUCCAGCCCUCUCUCCUUGGCCGGUGUCUUACCACCUGCCCUGAUGCCGCUCUUGCAACCCUUGCUGCCCCCUCGCCUGCCGGCCUCCCCAGGGGCUCCACAUUCCUUCCUGUGGCAGGCCGGCAAGAAUGCCCCUGGCAAGAACUUGCCCAUUUCCCUAGGGCGAGUGCUUUCGAACCAAGUAAAAUACAACUUGAAUGUAGUCGCUGCUA